AGCAUCAUCUCAAAGAGAAACAUGCACACACAAUGCAGCUAUUACAUCUAAAAUAGAGAUUCUGAUUUGUGAAAUAUGAGUUGGAUGCUCUCCAUCUGGACAGCUGCGGCUCUGCUGGCUCUCUGUGGGGGACAAGGUUAUAGUCUGUGUGCAUCUGGCUACCAUCUAUGUCUUCACAACGAGACAAAGUCGGUGAGUUUUCUGGUGAUGCAAAUGGUCUCCUACACCGAGGCAAAGCCUUGUGGCGGCUGGCUCCCCUGGAAGACAUGUACAGUCACGUUGUACAAGAUGAUCCCUAAGACUGAGAACAAGACCGUGGUGAUGCAGGUUGCCAAGUGCUGCGAUGGCUACGUACAAGUCGGUCGUUACUGUGCCCUGCCUGUAAACAGGAGUGGGGAAUUCACUGCCAAACCAGGAACCUGUCCAACUGCAGAUGGACUUUAUCCUGGAUCUGAGGACUGUGAGUGGGACAUGGACUGCCCAGGCUGGCAAAAAUGCUGUCAGAAACUGCGUCGCUCUCGCUGUGCUCAUCCUGAAAGCUCAGCAAAUGAUUCCUACAUUGGAGGAUACCGUCUGAAUGUAACGGUGACAGUGAAGGUAGAUUACCAGGAGCUGAUGUCGAAGGAUAAUGGACUUUUGAAUCACACACGGCUACUGCAAGCCAUGGUGACCGGAGCGCUGCCGACGGAUGACAUUUCAGUUUAUUACCUCAGCUCGUGGCCCGUGCACCCGUACAGAACCGCAACCUCCCUGCUGAUUGGUCGCAACUCCAGUCUGUCACUGUCCGACGUCUCAUCAAAGCUGCAUCUCCUUCUCAAACACAUACCAGAGGUGUCAUCUGUAACUGUGGAAGAUGUGGACGAGUGUGUGGAGUCUACUUUCCCCCAGUGCUCCCCUCAGGCUGACUGUAACAACACAGUGGGUUCCUACCAGUGUAUCUGUCGCCAGGGAUACAGCGAUGUUGAUCCUAGCAACCCCGGAGCCUAUUGUACAACAGGAGAUGAGUUGUGGACCGACACAGAGACCCCGGUGACCGACGCUCCAUCCGUGAACACAGACUAUACCCCAGCCUCUGACAACUCCUCUGACAUCAGCAUGACUACAGUGCUGAAUUACCCAAGCUCCAUCUCUUAUGAUUCAUCUCAUGCUGCACUGUGGACGAGCACUGCACCUUAUACCAGCACGGAGUCACCUCUGCCGACAACCACAUGCUCUCCUCCCAACAUCACCUCUUUGAUGUGGUCUAACGUCACUGGAACCUCCUUCGAUGUGUACUGGUCCGGCCAGUCUCAGACCAACCAGACCUACCGAGUCGUUCUAAGCAAGGGUUCGGUGGUGACCGAUUCUUGGGAAACCGAUGAGACCGUGAAGGCGUUGAGGGGACUGGAACCUGGGGUCCUCUACAAUGUCGCAGUCACGCCUCAUGCCUGCGGGAGGCAAGGAGUGGCCCUAGCUAUAUUGGUCAAGACAGAUUGUCAGACUCUUGACGCCACAGCUCGAAUCACCAACGUCGAGUUCACUCCUGAGCUGCAAAACUCCAGCAGCGAGGCCUACAUGAACCUCACUAGAAGUAUUGAAGAGGAGAUCUACGAGUCUCUGUCGCCAGAGAUGAAGGCCAUGGUGGAUUCAGGCCUGGUGAGAAUUGAGAUCACAAACUUCUUACGGGGCAGUGUGGUGGUCAACUUCAAGAUCGUCGUCAGCCCCAGUCAAAGCCACAACAUCAGCAAUGUGUCCAUUGCUCUGCUAAACUCCCUGAUGAACAGCUCCAAAUACACUGUGGACGAAAACAACACAAGCAUUAAUGAUUCUGAUGAAUGUACAUCAGGCAGUCACGACUGCUCCCAGUGGGCUAAUUGUACAAACACCUGGGGUUCUUACACGUGUGUCUGCAAGACUGGAUAUACAGACAACAACCCAGACCGGCCUGGACGAGUGUGUACAUCCAUUUCGACCUCAGAGACAAUAACACCAUCAGUGACACCCACAUUAUCUUCUACAGUUAGUACAGUUAUCUCUUUAAUGACACAAUCAACCAGUGACCCAGUUUUAACCCCGACAACCACCACUACUAAUCCCCCAACAAGUACCACUGCAAACACUGACAGGAGGUCUAUCAUUACUGCCCCAAUAACCACCACUGCUGCUCCAGUAACAACCACAACAGCCCCAGUUACCACCACUACCAUUACUAUUCCCCAAGUUAUCACCACCGCCACCCCAAUACCCACUACGUCUGACACAACAACAAUCACGACUAACCCUAUAACCACCACGACUGCUCCAUUAACUACCACUGCCGCCCCAGUAACGAUCACCACCACCCCGAUAACCACCACUACCGCCAAUACUUCCCCAGUUACCGUCACCACCACCCCGAUAACCACCACUACCGCCAAUACUGCCCCAGUUACCGUCACCACCACCCCGAUAACCACCACUACCGCCAAUACUUCCCCAGUUACCGUCACCACCACCCCGAUAACCACCACUACCGCCAAUACUGCCCCAGUUACCGUCACCACCACCCCGAUAACCACCACUACCGCCAAUACUUCCCCAGUUACCGUCACCACCACCCCGAUAACCACCACUACCGCCAAUACUGCCCCAGUUACCGUCACCACCACCCCGAUAACCACCACUACCGCCAAUACUGCCCCAGUUACCGUCACCACCACCCCGAUAACCACCACUACCGCCAAUACUUCCCCAGUUACCGUCACCACCACCCCGAUAACCACCACUACCGCCAAUACUGCCCCAGUUACCGUCACCACCACCCCGAUAACCACCACUACCGCCAAUACUGCCCCAGUUACCGUCACCACCACCCCGAUAACCACCACUACCGCCAAUACUGCCCCAGUUACCGUCACCACCACCCCGAUAACCACCACUACCGCCAAUACUUCCCCAGUUACCGUCACCACCACCCCGAUAACCACCACUACCGCCAAUACUGCGCCAGUUACCGUCACCACCACCCCGAUAACCACCACUACCGCCAAUACUUCCCCAGUUACCGUCACCACCACCCCGAUAACCACCACUACCGCCAAUACUGCCCCAGUUACCGUCACCACCACCCCGAUAACCACCACUACCGCCAAUACUUCCCCAGUUACCGUCACCACCACCCCGAUAACCACCACUACCGCCAAUACUGCCCCAGUUACCGUCACCACCACCCCGAUAACCACCACUACCGCCAAUACUGCCCCAGUUACCGUCACCACCAUCCCGAUAACCACCACUACCGCCAAUACUUCCCCAGUUACCGUCACCACCACCCCAAUAACCACCACUACCGCCAAUACUGCCCCAGUUACCGUCACCACCACCCCAAUAACCACCACUACCGUCAAUACUGCCCCAGUUACCGUCACCACCACCCCAAUAACCACCACUACCGUCAAUACUGCCCCAGUUACCGCCACCACCACCCCGAUAACCACCACUACCGUCAAUACUGCCCCAGUUACCGUCACCACCACCCCGAUAACCACCACUACCGCCAAUACUUCCCCAGUUACCGUCACCACCACCCCGAUAACCACCACUACCGCCAAUACUGCCCCAGUUACCGUCACCACCACCCCAAUAACCACCCCUGCCGCCAAUACUGCCCCAGUUACCGUCACCACCACCCCAAUAACCACCACUACCGUCAAUACUGCCCCAGUUACCGUCACCACCACCCCAAUAACCACCACUACCGUCAAUACUGCCCCAGUUACCGUCACCACCACCCCAAUAACCACCACUACCGUCAAUACUGCCCCAGUUACCGUCACCACCACCCCAAUAACAACCACUACUGUUCCAAUAACCACCUCUACAGCCCCUGUAACUACCACCACUACCCCCGUUAGCACCACCACUGCAGCCCCAGUAGCCACAACCACAACCCCAAUAACCACCACGACCACCACAACCACCACUCUUUCCCUAACAACCACCUCUGCCCCCCCAAUACUGACCACUACUGCAAUGACAUCCAUUACUUCUUCUCCAUCCACCAACAUCACUACCACAACCAAUGUCCGGAGAACCACCUCAAUGUCGGGGGACAUCUCAGUGCGCUGCAGGGGCACUGAUAUCACUGUGACAGUUGCCAGAGAUUUUCUUCAGGACCACAAAGUCAGGGAAAGUGACUUAUAUUUGGGCUUGCCGGAAUGUGGUGUCAAUGGAGGAAAUACCACCCAUGCGCAGCUGAACGUGGCCUGGGGCGAGUGUGACACCAGGCUUGUACAAAAUGAAACCUGCUACACAGCAUCUGUAACCCUGUUCAACACCAUGGCAAACGACAGGGAGGAGGCACCCACAGUUCAGCUGGAGUUGCCCGUCAUGUGCACCUACCGGAAAGACAUGGUUAUCUCUGCUGACUCCGGCUCCACUGGAUAUGACAUGAUCAAAGAAGUCAUCGUGGGCUUGGGGUCAUUCCAAGUGAGGGUGCAGCUGAUGAAUGGUACGGCGACUCUACCGAACAACUACAGCUUGUCCGCGGAGGAGAGGGUGGUGGUGGAGGUCAGCCUGAACACGUCCUCAGAGCGGAUUAAAGUGGUCAUCAACAAGUGCUGGGCCACUUCUACACCAAGUCCUGCAGAUCCACAGGGAGUCACCUUCCUGGAGAACGGCUGCCCUCUUAACUCAUUCACUGAAGUGUUGAGCAAUGGGAACUCCAGCACGUCCCGCGUGUCUGUGCAGAUUUUCUCCAUCGUCGAACAGAACGUGAUCUAUCUGCACUGCCAGGUCCAAAUCUGUGUGCAGAUUGGAUCAGACACCUGUGUGCCUGACUGUCAACAAAGAACGGCUCGAUCUUCAAGAACGGUCGCAUCAUCUGUUAGUAGUGCUGGACCUCUGUUUAAAUUAUUUCAACAAUCCUUUGAGCAAGAAUAUGAGACUGCUCAUAUCAUUGGCUUCGCCUGUCUGGGAGUGGGUCUGUCCCUCUUCUUCAUCAUUGCUUUCGUCUGCCUCUUCUACUACCAGAGGAACCGCAUUGGACACUACAACUUCAAUGUCAAACCCAAGCAGGAGACCUUCACCUACCUUAACUUUAACACAUAGUGCAGCAGCAGCAUUUAAAAGAGAAGUCACACAAUUGGAAAAAUUACAGUACAGUUGCCACUAGGUGUCACUGCUGAGCCAUGCACACAGAAGUCCUAAACAAAUCUUGCAAAUCGUUGCACUUUAUGAAUUAACUAAAGAUUAAAUACAAAUUAUUUUUACAUUUUAUCACCCUGAUGUACAUAUAUGUCUAAGAUUUUAAAAGACUAUAAUUAAAUUUUAAACCGCAAUGUCAAAUAAGUACAGAUAUAUGACUACAGAUAAAUUUAGGAAUAUGUUCAAAUGUGUAUUUUUUUGAAUGUUUUCAUCAUGAAUGUUUAGACAUUUCAAAGAAUAUAAUGGAUAACGGAGCGUUUCCUGAACUACAUUUAGAAUAUGAACGUGUAUAAAUGGUGAUAUUCAUGCAAUACAAUCGCCACAAAGUUACAAUAAUGUUCAUUUCCUUUUAGCUGCUAUUUCAAACCAUUUCACAUCGUUACAUAAUUUCUCUGUUUUCACUUUUGCACACUUUUGCUGUACUUGUGUUGCGACAAUAAACAUGCUAUGUGUGAAUGCA